GUGAGCUGUGAUUGGUCACAGCUUGUCACAUGGUACAAGGCUUUUAUUUCACACAUAGUAAGCAAUGAUGUCAGAAGUGACAUCUUGCUUACUACUUUGCAUGUGAUCACUGAUUGGCCAAUCAGUGAUCACAUGAUCGGGACCUCGUACAGAGGACACAGCGGGCACCGGAUCGCGGUGCUGCGCGCUCCCAGGGAGCGCGCACAAGCGGGGUGCGGGGAGGCCGUUUUUAGACGGCCACCCGACCCUGCAGUGCCA